AAAGAGAGAAACGCUCUCACGCCACGGAGUGGAGCGCGCGCGCAGGCUCACGCGGCGAGGGAGAGCAGAGUCACAAACGCAGUGGAUCAUAUGCCGACACGUUUUACACUUAUACACACGAGUAUAUGGUAGGAUAACGCGGUGCUUUAAAAAAAAAAAAAAAAAAAAAUCUUAAUUCUGUGGCACCACCUGAACUUCGAUGUGCUACUGUUCAUUUAAAUUCAAAAUGAGAAAGAUCCUCGCAGUCAUUGUGCAUUAGAUCGAGGUGAGUUGACUUUGGGUCCGCAUGCGUGCUCCUGCUUUAUUACGGUCAGUUGGGUUCUCGCAUCAGCGCAUCAGUCGUGGCUCGGCUCCUGUGGUUCCCAACGAAUUCAGAAACCCUAAAUUUCUACUGAUAUAUAAGCUUGAUUUGCAACACAUCUGUUGUUGUAAACAUCUUGGGAAUGGAUGUGAAGGCUGAGUCUCCUGGUGCAGUGGAGGAAGAACAGCAGCAGCAACAAUCAGAGCAAGAGAGCAGUCAGCAAGCAGCCCCAGAGUCGGAGCUCACCGCCAUCACCUCACAGCCAAUCAAGAGCGAGCAACAAGAUCCACCGGCCCCCUCUCAGGAUGCCCCACCCAGAGACCACCUGACAGUCAUCCACGAGAACAUGGAAACAAGUAACGGCGUGUGCCCCGAUCCUAUCGAGAGCUCUCCGAGCGCUUCUUCUCCUCCUCGUCAGCAGCACGCCAAGCCCAACCAUGCGCACGCAAACGGGCGAGCGAGGCUGAGCAGCCGGUCCGGGUCAGUGAGUCACGCCGGGUCACCUCGACCGUCGCUCACCCGUCAGCCCAGCGCCGCCACCGACGUCGGAGACGGGUCCAAACCCAACGAUUAUCUCAUUUGGGCUAUUCUGGCCUGCCUCUGCCCUGUCUGGCCCAUUAACAUCGUCGGCUUGACCUUCUCCGUCAUGUCUCGAAACAGUCUGCAGCAGGGCAAUGUGGACGGUGCGCGUCGUCUUGGCCAGAAUGCAAAAAUCCUGUCCAUCGUGUCAUUGGUGGGUGGGAUUAUCAUCAUUAUUGUUACUAUCGUCAUCAACUGGGGUGUAAUACUUAAGACCUGAUGGCCGUCACGACAACCAAUCCAUGAUGACCAUUUUCUUUUCAUGUGUCAUUCAUCUCUCUACAUCUGAAUGCUCCUGAAUGCUUUUUCAGUUGUUUUGUACUCUUAUCUGAAGACUCUGAAGCUGGAUGUUACAUUUAUCUUCUAUCGUGCCAGAACUAUCAAAAACAACAUGGACUCUUCAGCUCUUCAAUGCGUGGAAACCCAGAGCGAAGCGGCAAGGCAUGCAUGUUUUUCUUUUGUUUGUUUGUUUUGUUUUUUCAGCACAGGACUCAUCGUUUGAGAUGAUGUCAGCGAGGAGACCACACACAUGAUCUCAUUUCAUUUGUCAUGCACCCCUGAGGAUGUGAGGGAGGAAAAGAAGGAGAGGGAAUUUGGUUCUCGACUUUUUUUUUUAUGCACAAGCUGAUUUUAGUAUCCAUCAAGAAAAGCUCAGAUUAAAAUGUAAUCGAUUAUAUAAAACAGCAGAUGGCUUCUGAGUUGGCAUCCAUCCACAGAUGAGUCCGAUGACCUUAAGAGCUGCUCUAGACUCACUUUUGUCUAGGCUCUCUUUUUUCCUUUGAUGGAAGAAUGAGCCGCACACCGCGUUUAAACAUGGGCUUUUCAUUUUUGAUUAGACAUGAUGAUUGUGUCUCAAAGGACUAAAACGAUGUGGAAGAACAGCACAGGAGCCUCUCUCUCUCUCUUUUUCUCUCUCACAGUGUACAGAUAUUAUGAUGAGGUUAACGCAGAUAAACAAGAAAUGGUGAAUCAGAGAAUCCUACAGAUAGAGAAGGAGGGAGAGGUGAGGAGAAAGUGGGAGGGAUCGAGACCUAGCCGCAGUCUUUUGUUUCGCACCGAUGGAGGGAUGGAGAGAGAAGGAUAGGGGAGGGGAGGAGGGGGGCAGUAGCUUCAGAUGAAAAGAUACCCCAGAGAUGGCGAGAUGUAGGGAAUGCAGUAGCAUUGAGAGGGAUCUGAGCUGCUUCUGAUUGGCUGCUUUCGCGCGCGUGUGAGUCGGAGGAAGCCAAUAUCGUAAAGCUCGCCAACAUGCCCUCCCCUCUUCCUCACAGCUACGCUCAGCUAGAUCCUUCAAGGCAAGCAUAAAGCAGACCAUUAAUUUAGUAUUGUGUUUUAGCAGUAUGAGGCAAAACGAUGGUAGAAACAGUCAUGUUUUUAUACCGUAAUGUUUACAGUAGUAUCAGACACAUUCAGCAGGAACGCUAGGACGUUUCGAACCAUGACGAAUCAUUUUAUACAGCUACGAAGUGUUUGUUUGAUGGAAUGAUUUGUGUUGCUCAACAGAAUGAUACCUGAAUCAUUCCUGGUCAGGCCACACCGACUGUGCCAAAAUUCAGACUCUGCCAAGAGUCCAGCUUAGGGGGGCAUGUUUGUGACUGAAACAGGAAAUGAGAGCAUGGAUGCAUUUUUAAGAAGGCAUAUAUGUAGGGAUGCACUGAUAUUAAAAUUCUAUCCCAUACUGAUAAGCCAUUAAUUGUAUUCUUGUUGGCUUACAAAUUCUUGUACUAGCUUACAAAUGGCUAGUAUUAAAAAUGUAUGCUUUUUUGUCUAUACAAAAGCACAAAAUAAAUGAAACACAAAAAAUUUUAUUUAGGCUUGAAAAAAGUGCUUUAAUUAACUUUUUAAAGAUUACAUUUAACAGUGUUAUUGAAUUAUUCAUGUUUUUGAAGAUUUAUGAGAUAAAAAAUAGCAUGCAAUUUUACUAAUUUUCAAACUAAAAUUCCAAAAUUGACUGAUACAUUUACAAGAAAAUACUUAUUUAAGACUUAUUUAAAUUAAAAAAGAAGAUUUGGACAUGCACAAGCAAAUAUAUAAUAUCAACUAAAUAAUAUCCAAUAUUGCCAAAAUGAUACAUUUAAAUGCUACAGGCUGAUAAUCAAAUGUAAAAACUGUAAAAAUUUAAUACUGACUGACCAAUAUAUUUUAUUCCAACCAACUGGUAAAUAUUUGUAAAAAAUAAAGAAAUAGCAGGCAAAAAAAUCUAAUACUGACUGACCAAUAAAUUGAUUGUAAAAAGAUUGUGUAAAAGAUCAUAAUCAUAUUGUGCAUCUCUACAUAUGAAGUUCUUUUAUAGAUUAAAUUACAAACCCCUCAUUUUCAUGGCUUCAGGUCUCUUGCAUGCAGAAUGUGACUCUGUUUCAUUGAUGUUUACAGCUUUUUGAUGGUGAUGGGGGCACUUGUUAACUCUCUGAAAUCAAGUAUUCUU